AAGCCUCGUUGUCAGAAGGCUGCGUCCACGGCAAGUCCACUUCGAAAUUCGAACGUGCCUCCUCCCAUGACGAGAGUCGGAGAAUCGGAGAGCGGUCCAGCAUGGUAGGGAGCGGACCUCCUUGUUCACCGUUAUGAAUGACCGCGCACCACUCUGAACCAGACGAAGUGAUUUCAUACCAACCAUGAGACGAGCCCGUUUCCCUCAGGCCUCUCCCUUCCCUUCUUCAUCUGACGAGUGGGAGGGUCUCCCUCACGUCCACUCAAUCUUCAGACCUUGAGGCCGCUUUUCCAGGCAUCGCUUCGCCAGUUCUUAGCUACCAUCUACGCUGCUUGAGCUCCCAACUCAGCUACUACUAGAACUCUCCCACUCAUCUCAUCUCGCGGGUCCACCACUCCCGUGGUGGCGCAACUCGCGUUCCUAAUAGGAGCUGUACUCGUACCGUAGCCGAGCAGUCCAGACUGCCCCCAGAACUUCCGGCCGUUGUUGCACAACGCGAUACUAAGGGUAGUACAAAUGCUGGCCGCGAUGCAGCGAGCAUGGCUCGCCCUCUCCGCGGUGCUUUGGCUUGCCGCCUUCGUCUCCUCGUGCCACGCAGCAGGCAUCCACAAAUCUCAAGCCGUGUUUCUCAGCGACUGCCAGAAGGCAUGGGGGUCGACGUGGUCCCAGGGACCCGACUGUAGCACUUUUGACGGUCUCACGUGUGACCCGUCGGGCAUGAUUACCGAAAUUGAUUGUUCUCAUAACAACCUCAGUGGCUCAAUUCCUGCCAGUAUCGGCUCGCUUGCCCACCUGGUAUACCUCCGUAUUUCUUCUAACCAGCUCAAUGGCUCAAUCCCUGCCAGCAUCAGCUCACUUGCUCAACUGACAAGCCUCCGUAUUGCUUCUAACCAGCUCAGUGGCUCAAUCCCUGCCAGCAUCAGCUCACUUGCUCAACUGACACGCCUUGAUUGUUCUCAUAACAACCUCAGUGGCUCAAUUCCUGCCAGUAUCGGCUCGCUUGCCCACCUGGUAUACCUAGAUUUGGCAGUCAAUGAGCUUACCGGGCCCGUCCCAGUUGGAAUUGGACGCCUUAGUAACUUGAAAGUUCUUGAUUGUUCUCAUAACAACCUCAGUGGCUCAAUUCCUGCCAGUAUCGGCUCUCUUGCCCACCUGGGAUCCCUAGAUUUGGCAGUCAAUGAGCUUACCGGGCCCGUCCCAGUUGGAAUUGGACGCCUUAGUAACUUGGAUUUUCUUCGUCUUUCUUAUAACAACCUCAGUGGCUCGGUCCCUGCCAGUAUCGGCUCGCUUGCCCAGCUGGUAUACCUUGAUUGUUCUCAUAACAACCUCAGUGGCUCAAUUCCUGCCAGUAUCGGCUCGCUUGCCCACCUGGUAUACCUCUGUAUUGCUUCUAACCAGCUCAGUGGCUCAAUCCCUCCCAGCAUCAGCUCAUUUGCUCAACUGACAGGCCUGGAUCUCACGUACAACAAUUUGUCUGGCUCCAUUCCCGACGGCAUCAGCUUGCUGGCUCUGCUCUCCACGCUUCAUCUGGGGAACAAUCAGCUUACUGGGAUAAUUCCUGGUGGAAUUGGAGAACUCACUCACUUGACCUCGCUGAACCUCGCGUCCAACUCUUUGAAAGGCUCCAUUCCCCAUUACAUGAGCAGGUUAACUGGCCUCACGUAUCUGAACCUCGCGUCCAACUCUUUGAAAGGCUCCAUUCCCCAUUACAUUGGCUGGUUAACUGACCUCACGUAUCUGGAUCUCACGUACAACAAUUUGUCUGGCUCCAUUCCCGACGGCAUCAGCUUGCUGGCUCUGCUCUCCACGCUUCAUCUGGGGAACAAUCAGCUUACUGGGAUAAUUCCUGGUGGAAUUGGAGAACUCACUCACUUGACCUCGCUGGAACUCACGUACAACAAUUUGUCUGGCUCCAUUCCCGACGGCAUCAGCUUGCUGGCUCUGCUCUCCACGCUUCAUCUGGGGAACAAUCAGCUUACUGGGAUAAUUCCUGGUGGAAUUGGAGAACUCACUCACUUGACCUCGCUGAACCUCGCGUCCAACUCUUUGAAAGGCUCCGUUCCCGACGGCAUCACCUUGCUUGCUCAGCUCUCCCAUCUGGAUCUCUCGUCCAACACGAUGACUGGCUCCAUUCCCAACAGCAUAAGCUGGAUCACUGGGCUAAAGAUAUUGCGAGUCAAUGACACAGGCCUCAAUGGAGCGCUUCCAAAUUUCCUUGGACGUCUCACUUCCCUCGAUUCACUCAACAUCAGCGGCACAAACCUCACGUGCCCACCUGACUACACUGACUGUGGUCUAAAACAGUGGAACAAGACAGCCUUCUGCCAGACGUGCCCUUCCUUCUGCAGCACUUGCGGCAAACCAGCACCAGCCACAAACAUCAGCAGCAGCCCCAGCAGCAGCCCCGAGUCUUCUUCGUCAGCAGCACCAUCCGGGGGUGGAGGUGUAUCGGUGGGAGCCAUCAUUGGUAUCGCUGCCGCUGCUGUGGUCAUUCUCCUGCUUCUGGUUGCCGCACUGCUCUACUUCAGGCACAGGAUGCAGCAGAAGAGGAAAGGCCUGGGUACCAACCUGGCUGCUAAGCACUGCACCGAGUUCUCUCUGGCUGAGGUCCUCAAGGCCACCAAUGACUGGUCGAAGGACAACCAGCUAGGCUCGGGUGCCUUUGGUGAUGUCUACAAGGGCGUGUCUCCCCGCGAUGGCACCACAGUGUGGGCUGUGAAGCGAGCCAAGCUGAUCGACGUGGACUUUCAGCGGGAGAUCCUGCAAAUGGCCGACAAGAACCAUCCCAACCUUGUGCGGCUGCUGGGGUUUGCGGUUGGAGGGGACCUAAGGGCGAAAAUCGAGCAGAUCUUGAUCUACGAGUUCGUGCCCAACGGUGACCUGCACAAGUGGAUCGAUCCCGAAGCAUCCAACCCUCUCAACUUUAAGCAGCGGCUGGACAUUCUGAUCGGCAUUGCACGUGGCUUUGAGUACCUCCACAGCUUCGACAUUGUGCACCGCGACAUCAAGCCAGCCAACAUCCUCAUCACUUCUGACAUGCAGGCCAAGAUUGCAGACUUUGGGCUUGUGAGGGGGGGAGAGGGCACCACAGUGGGCACUACUCGGAUCAUGGGAACACCGGGCUAUGUGGAUCCAGUUUACUCCAGGACGUCCAAGGCCACUCCUGCCAGCGACGUCUACAGCUUCGGUGUGCUCAUGCUUGUGGUACUCACCGGACAGGCUCCACUCACUGAGUCUGCUACUGGAGAAAUCAGACACAUCACCCCAUGGGCAUCCGAUUGUGUGUCCUCGGGUGACAUGGGGAGCCUCAAGGACCCCAAGAUGGACGCCCCUGGGCAUGCUGUGCUGCGCGUGGCUGAGCUGGCGAUCAGCUGCACUGUGGAGCGCACUGCAAGCCGCCCAACCAUGGCUCACGUUGCCAACGAGCUGCAGGCCAUCCGGGAGGAGGUGGCGGGGAAGGACGAGAGGAGCGCUGCAGUCAAGGUGGAUGCGCAGGUCCAGAAGAUGAAGGAUGAUUUUGGAGAUGUGGAAAGUUUUGAGGCGCAAAUCCAGAUGAUUGGGGAGACCUUUUCCAAUGAAAAUGUUGUCUAAAUUUGUAAUGGCUGUGGUGUUUUGAAGGUGGAUGCUCAGAUGCUGGAGUUGCAGGAUGAUUUCGCAGGUGUGGCAGGUCUUGACGCAGAACUCGAGUCAAUUGAAACCAUGUGUAGGGGCGUGUUCCUUGGCUGCCACUCAUAACUACUAGUCAGGCUGCACGCGGUACGGGCAAUGCAUUAUGCCACUCAGCUGUGUGCUUUUGUCUUGCGGUUUGGUUGUAGAGUUCAAAAUGGAUUUAACUUCAUUGUGUAGUACCCGGGAUGUUGAAGUAGAUACCCUAACCGUAAUCCCCUGGCUAUUGGACCCUAUGGUCUUAGA